AGCCCGAGUGAGUAACUGGGAGUCGCGCAACUGGGGGACCCAGUCAGUCACCACGAGAUCGGCAAGCCGAAUGGUCAACCGCGCCGGUGGUUCUUCUGAAAAGAUCGCAACGGGCCGAAGGGUGCUCCGCAGGGGGCUCUGGAUCAGACGCACGCUGGUCCCUCGAAUGUCAACGGGCGCGAUCGUUCACAGCUACCCCGAUCUUCAGUCGUGGCGCGGGUGGACAGUCGGUCGCGUUGCGUCGAUCUUCCGACGGGAGCGGACCGACCGAUCGCGAGGCUCGUCGCGCGAGGACGCUAACGAUGUGUAGAUUCUUGGUGCGCUGUUAUGUCACUCGAACGUUGAUUUGAUUACGCACGGUAGUAAACAGGUGCACUUACGUUUCGCGGUGUCGCGGCUUCGGUAUCCGGAGGGACUUCGGUAUCGUCGCGUGGCGGUUCGCGAAACGCGACGGCGGACAAUAUACGUCGUCUUCGAAGCGACCGAUCGCCGAUUCGCGGUGGGAUCUCGAGUGCGCAAGUGGAUGCGAGCGGGAACUGUCAUCCGGAGCAGCCGAGGAUUCUCCCGCAGAAGGACGAGGAAGAGAUGAUCUGCGAGGUGGCGGUGAUCGGAGCGUUCGCCCUCGCCACACUAAGGCGGUGUUCGGUGGUCAUGAUUUUGAGCUUCCUGAGCAAUGGGAUUGUCUCGGAGAAAAUGACAUCUCCUACCGAAGUGGUUUCGUACGAUCUAUUCGACCCGGCUGAUUCCGAACCGUGGCUGACGCCCUGCGGCCACGUUAUACCGGAAGUGUUGAAAAAUUCAAGUUCAAAAACGGAAAUAAAGGACAUCUUGAAAAAUGUGCAGUUGCAACUGCAGAGCGCCAAUGCGAAAUACCAAACCGAUAUCAAUACUGUACGUGAAGUUUACUCGCAGGUGCGCAGAGUGCUGCAGAAACCUAAGCAGCACUACAGGUUGAGUUGGUUGCCCAAAAACCAAUGGAGUUGGUAUAAAAAUAAAAUCGCGUGCUUUGAUGAUAAGCGGAAAGCCAAAUUUAUGCUUCCACGUUUAUACAAAACAAUGCAAUUGUACGCUAUUACGUUCUAUCAACUUCUGCAUUUUCAUCCGAAUUCAGCUCACACCAGUAGCACUAACGUCACGCUAAUCCGAAACGAGAUUGUUAACAGGACGCACAUGUGGAGUCACAUAGUACUGUGCGAAGUCGAGACCAGCGUCGAAACUCUGGACAUAACGGUAGCCCUUCCGCACAAUAAGCGCAUCGUGACGGAGCACCCGCAUUACCAGAGUAAGGGCGAUCUAACGCGAAUGCUGAUUCAGGAUUGGGGCAUAUUCAAUUUUUAUAAAUCUUUCCUCAACGAAUGGCUGGAGGCCUUCAACGACGCCACCGCAGAAGGACCCGGCAUUUGCAACCGCGAAAUGAAGUUGAAUCCUAAAGUAACCAAUAACAAGAAGUCAACAAGGGGCAAAAAAAUGUCAAAAAUGAGAAAAUUGACGAAAUUGAGCACAAAGUACGUGCUUGCGACGAUCUUUAAUCAAAACACUUCUUUGCCAUCCUUGCUUGAAAACCCUCAGAAAGAAUCUAUAAGAAAGAAAUUGUUAACGAAGAAACCUAUGCGCAAGACUCCUCUGAGAAAAAGAUUUCCGAAGAAUAGAUUGAUGAGGAACAAACGAAAAAAACUCUCAGCACAAGAACAAACCUAAUGUGAAUCUGAGGUAACAAGCUUGAACGGAAUCAAUUUGAACGAAAAGGUUAGCCUUCUCUAAUACGAUCGACACGAUCUAUCGAAGACAUCGCUCUAUGCAGCGACAAAUCACAUAUUGUCAUACUAACUUAUAACUUAUAUAUCUAUUUCAUCGUCACAAUCAUUUGUUUAGAUAGGUUUAGUCGUGUUAGUAUUUCUCGCGGAUUUGCCAAUAGAAUUGUGCCCACUAUCGCGUUAAGAUUAAAUAUCUCGACAGCCGCGCACAUGAUGAACAAUUGUUUAAUUCGAUAGAAGUCUUUCAGGCUAGUGUUGAGCCAACAGAUCCCGAUUAUAGCGAUAGAAAUACUUUACGGACAACACGGCUGCGCUCAGUAUUAAGAGAUCUACUUUAGAACAGUAUUACAUCUAACAACAUACAUAAUAUCGAUUAUGUUGAUAAAAUCAUUUUGAAGUAUCCAAAGCACACUUGAAUCGAUUAGAGUGAAAUAUCGAUUAUAGAUCGCGAAACUUUUAGCUAUAUCGUGUGCAAAAGAAAUAUCAAAAGUCUGUUUCUUUUUAUUCGUAAGCUAUUCAACGAAGACAACGAUAAAAAAUAGUAUGGCAUCGAAAUACGGAUCGGAAAGAAAAAAAGAGAGAGAAUAAAAGAAAGAAGGGGAGAAAUGCGUUUGUUAUAGGUCCUAGAACAAACACUGUGAAGACAAUCAUAAGGAACAAAAUUCAAGCUUUAAAGAGAGAGAAAGACGGAGAGAAUAAAUGUACAGACGCAUUUCGCACGUUUUGCGCACAUUUAUAUUAAUAUACCAAGAUAGAUUACGCUCACCACUCGUUAAACGCGCGCGCGCGCGCGCGAACGCAGACCUGAAAACUCGAUUGAAUCGACGAUAUCCGCGCAGGUAUCGAGAUCAUAACAGGAUCAACGACGAGAUCACCGAGAGUUUAGGUACGCGCAACUUAUUUAUUCUAGCUUUAACUUAAGCGGAGCUAUAUGGCGAGAGCUUAAUGUUGUUCAGCUGUGAUACUCCGAGCGUACACGGACGUACAGAGUUCCUACAUUUAUACAUAAGUGCGUAACGCACAUACGUACGUGCGCUAAUGUAGAUAGGUAUUGUACGUUAGACACGUACCAUACGUACUUAGACGUAGGUGAUUCUCUCCUCCUUUCCGAUGUGUUUACCGUAGAAUCUCGCCUUGUGUCGCGCGAACAUGACAAUUUUACCUUUUGUAGUUAGUCCGUUGACCGCCGCGUCGUACGCGCGCCAACGACGCGAGAAACAUUUCAGCCGUAGUCCGAGGAUUCCGGUUUCACCAUUCCUUCCGUCUCACCUUAGAUUAAACGCGCAUGACAAUGCGCAUAACUAGCCGAUAAUGAGGGACCAUUAAGGAUUUUAAGAGUGUUUUGCGAAUCUUGAUUUUUACCUGCGCGCCAACAUGUAACGAUAUGCGGCGUCUUUCUCGCGAUAGAUUAAAAUAUAUUUAUAUAAUGUAGAUCCGAGAGAGAGAGAGAGAGAGAGAAAGAGAGAGGUUUUUUUUCUUUUAUACUGGAACAGUACUUGAGUAUGUUCGUA